AUGGCUUCACCGCAACAACAGCAAGAUCUAAAGCUCUUCUUCGAGUAUCAAGACAUUGUAGAAAGUGACCCAAAUCGACUCUACUACGUGCAGAAGUUUACCGAUUUUCAAUUCUUCCGCCUGAAUAAUCCAAAGUAUUUAUCGUUCGAUAAAGCCUAUAUCAAGUGGCUACAACUACCCAACUAUCGAACAAUGGCAAGCAACACGUCGAUUAUUGGACAACAACCCACCUUUUUUAAUGAUCCCUUACCACCAGCAUAUACAACUACCACGGCAGCAAAUCUUUACAACAACUAUUACCAUAACGAUUUGUUAAAUAUUAUAAACCCACUAAACCCGAACACUUUACUACCCAACAACGACGAAGUAGAAUAUUUAAUGAACGAAACGACUGAAGUCUUGGAAUCAAGUAGCGACAAUCAAACCCCCCCGACAUCACCCACCAUAUCGACACCACCCCCGGCACCACCACCACUGCCACCACGCAGAACGCCGCUAAAAAACGACAUUCAACAAACCUCUGCUCUCGUUUCCAUAGGAAAAAACAUAAAGAAUUUAAAAGAAAAUUUGAAAAACCGAAAAAGAAAAGCCCAAAAUAAAAGCGGAAGACCGAACAAGCACGUUCAUCUUACAAGAAUUGCCAACGAUCAAGCAGACGAAGAAAAAAUAACUUCGCAAGACCUAAUUCUGUACGCUUUAGAUGGUACUGAAAAAAAACACAAAAUGAUUCUAACUACAAACGACGAAAACAUUGAAACUUAUAACGUAAAACAUUAUCAAUGCUAUUUACAAUUAGCCGAAGAACGUGAGCAAGCCUUGGAAAGAAUUAAAACAGACAAAGACAAACUAGAAAAAUUAUGCUAUUUGGAAAAAUUUACACUCGAAGCAUUAAAAAAUCGUAAAAAUAGAAAACUUGAAAAAGCCCUCUUGUAA